AUGUUUCUUCCAUAUAAAUUAAUUAUUUUAAGAAGUUAUUCGACACAUCCGAGACGGAGAGUGGUUGUGACUGGCUUGGGAGUCAUUUCAGCACUUGGUAAGUCAGUUGACUCUGCCUGGAAAUUUCUUUUAGAUGGAAAGAGUGCGACGAAAAAUCUUCCAGAAAAUGAAUUCUAUGCAAAAUUGCCAUGUAAGGUAGCAGCACCGAUUGACAGUAGUGUCAUUGAAGAGAUUCGAUCAAAUUUCACUAAAACAGAACUGAAGACAAUGUCACCAGCUACAAUUUAUGCAAUGAAUGCUGUAAAAGAAGCUUUUAAUUCUGCAAAUUGGAAGCCAACAGAUCCAUUAGAAAGAGAAAGAACUGGUGUUGCUGUUGGCAUGGGAAUGGUUGAUUUAGAUGAUAUUUGUGAAACGCAUGAGAAUCUUAAAAAGUCAUACAAUAAAAUUAGUCCAUUCUUUGUACCUAGAAUUCUGCUGAAUAUGGCAGCUGGACAAAUUAGCAUAUCAUAUAAAUUACAAGGACCUAAUCAUGCUGUAUCAACAGCAUGUGCAACAGGUCUUCAUGCAAUUGGUGAUGCAUUUAGGUUUAUACAGCAUAAUGAUGCUGAUGCAAUGGUUUGUGGAGCAACAGAAGCUUCAAUUAAUCCACUAUCAAUAGCUGGAUUUUCUAGAUUACGUGCUCUGUCCACAUCCUUUAAUGACCAUCCACAUGAAGCUUCAAGACCUUUCGAUAAGAAACGUGAUGGAUUUGUGAUGGGCGAAGGUGCUGCAAUAUUCAUUAUAGAGGAAUUACAACAUGCUCUGAAUAGAAAUGCUACAAUUUAUGGUGAAAUUCUCGGAUAUGGACUUUCUGGUGAUGGAUCACAUUUAACGGCACCUAGUCAGGAUGGAUUAGGUGCUAAAUUGGCAAUGCAACGAGCUUUAAAAGAUGCAAAUUUAAGUCCAUCAGAUAUAAGUUAUGUUAAUGCUCAUGCAACGUCAACGCCUUUGGGAGAUUCAAUUGAAGCUAGAGCUAUUCAGUCAAUAUUUGGUGGAAACGAAGAUCUUGCAAUCAGUUCCACAAAAGGCUCGCAUGGACAUCUUUUGGGAGCUGCUGGAACCUUAGAAUGUCUCUUUACACUUUUAGCUUGCAGAGAUGGAUUAUUUCCACCUACGAUCAACAUGAAUGAGACUGAAGAUGAGUUUAAAAAUAUAAAUUUUGUAGCAAACAAGUCUCAGAAGUGGCCUAAAAAUGGAAAGAAGCGAAUAGCUGUAAAGAACUCAUUUGGAUUUGGUGGAACUAAUGUAUCUUUAAUUGUUAGUGAAUUUGUUAAUUAA